AUAUGAUGUUGCAAGCAAUGGAAUACUAAGGAGAGCUCCUGUGUCCAAUGACAUCUUAAAGAGUAGAAUACCUUUUGAAUAUUAACUACUUUGAUGUUCUGGGCAACCAAUGGACCCUCGGAAAAGGCCGGGCAUGCUAAUGUCAAAUUGACAGCUGCGGAAUUGGAAUCCAGCAACAGCAUUGAGCCAGCAGGAGGAAUGGGUUCGGUUCUGGCUACAAUGUUGCGCAGCUGUAACCUAACGCUUGCUGUGGCUACUUCGAAUAUCAUGAAUAUCAAAGACUGAAGUAACUUUGAAAUUAAAGAAUAUAUACAGAACAUUUAGCCGUACUUGGAUACUAAAUAGGAAGGAACGGCUGAAAAACGAUCGAAGAAGAGUCAAAGAGCAAGGAGAACGAUGUACGGAGCGUUUUCUUUCCCAAUGACAGCGGAGCGCAGACGGAAUAAGGAGCGCCUUGAGGCGAGUUUGGCCGGUAUAUGUGAGUUGGAGCUACUGAAACAGAGCCAGGAAUGCCUAGUGCUCAGCGCCCUCUCCAUCCGGGACUCUGUCCCUGGACGCCCGGCAUGGGGCAACCUCCAGCCGACCCGGCCUUCUCCCGACACAGCCAACCGUGCGCUGGAGGACUUGAGUUAUAGGCGCCAGCCGAACAGUCUACAGUGUAGUCCUUGGGGUCUGAUGGCAUCUCUGGAGCAGCAGGUUGGAGAGAUGAGGGUUAAUACAGCAGAUAACGCAGUGGAGCCUCCGACUGACGUGGUGGACAAUCGGCCCCGCUCAGGAUUCUAUGAGCUGAGUGAGCACCUGUCCCCUAUGGGUCUGUCUGAUUCCUCUGGGUUUGGAGAGCCCUCCCCCAGCACUGCCCGAGCCAUCCGCAUGGUUUACGCCAACGACAGGCCCAAAUCAGCCGGGGAAUUCUUCGGGGCCAAUCGGGACAGACAGCCAGAAUCUGGGUCCCGCCCCACAGUCCCCCGCUCGUUCUCAGCCCCCUACCCCACCCUGGAGGGCAUCGCCGAAGGGGCUAGUGAAGGGGAGGGGGAAGAUGAGGCCUGGCCCUUGGACACCAGCAAGGGAUCUGGAGGAGUGCUGGAGCUGGGGGGAGAUACGGUGGAGGGGGAGCCCACGGAGGAGGACUACCGCCAGGCCCAGCGUGUGGAGACCUACAUCCUGGGUUUGAUCCAGCGCCGUGCCCUGCCCCUCCGGCCCUGUAAGCCCCGCACCAGCCUGGGUCUGCACGAGGCCCGCACCGCCAUCACCGUGGCCCGCCAAAGCAGCGUUUGCCGCAAGGAACCCGAUCCUCGGCCAGCCACUGACUCCAUCCCUGACCACCACCCCCACUCCAAUCCCCACCACGCCACUGCUGCGGUUUCCCCCAGCAGUUACGAGCAUCCCCCCUCCAUCCUGGGCCUGCCGCAGCCUGGACCAGGAGCCUUUUGCAGUCAUGGCCCUGGUCCCUGAGGACCCCCCU